AUGAUAGGAGGACGAAUGUGCUCAAUGGCUUCGGCGUUCUCAAGCGAGUCUUCAUCGGCGAUGUCGUGGUCACCAUCAGAACAGGUGGACCUACUCAUGAAGCGAUCCGGAGCGGGAACGUUCAUACAAGUUCGGGACGGAAUUCUCAGUCGGAGAUCAGCGCCAGCUCUGGGCUAUAUCACAACGUUUGAGAUCACAAACUGUCCCGCUCUUACGGACUUCAGAAAGACAUUCUACGCUUUUCGACUUCAAGUGCGUCUCCAUUGGGUCACUGGAACUAAGAUCGAACCGUUCCCGAGCGAUCACGGGCUCACAUUACGAAGAUCAUCUGGGUGGCCGAAACACUUUCACGGGCCCUACGAUACUGUGGACUAUUCCCUCCUGGAAUCAGAACACCAUUAAAAUCCUUUCGACUUGGGGAGUCAGCUCAACUCAGGCAGUACUGGGGAAAUGGAUAAGUGGGUGAAGCAUUCGGUCAAUGCCUGCCUGCCCGGAGAGCAGAAGAUGGACUCGUCGCCCUUGGAGCUCCAAACGAAGCCUCGGGUGGAAAACUUCCUUCAAGUGACGGUUUUCGAGGCCAAAGGAAUUCCGAAUAAGAAGAAAUACGUCGCCGAAUUGAACAUCGGCGGAAAGCUCAGAGCUGAGACGUGCUCCAAGCAGAAGCUGGACAUGUGUUUCUGGGGGGAAAGCUUCGAGUUCGAUCACCUGCCGUCCACCAAAGAAACCUUGAUCGUCAGUUUGUACCGAGAAGUGGACAAGAGGAAGAAGAGAUCGCUUCUUGGUACGGUGCGGAUUCCCCUAGAGGCCGUGACCAACACAAUACCAAAGCCAUCCGAGAGCUGGUAUCCUCUCGAGCCGAAUAACUCGACCAUGGGUAGUAAUCCCCCUCCGAUGGCGAUCCGAGUGAGGACAAAAUUCCAAUCGCUCGAAGUUUUCCCGAUGGAGUGCUAUGGAGACUUCCUCAAGUACCUCAAGAACGAUUAUCCCACCUUGUGUGAGUUACUCGAGCCUAGCGUAUCCGUGAAAACGAAAGGAGAAGUCGCAACCGCUCUCGUACACAUCAUGCAGAAACAGGGCCUCGCUACAGAGUUCGUCACUGAGCUAGUCAUGAACGACAUACAAAAAAUAGAGGACGACCAGCUCACAUUCCGAGGCAACAGCGUUGCCACUAAAACCAUGGAAGCUCACAUGAAGCUCAUCGGUGGCCAGUUCUACCUCCAAGAGACGCUGCGAGGCGUAACCGAUCUACUUCUACUCAACUCAGACGACUGCGAGGUCGAUCCCUCGAAGGUGUCGAGCCAGCAAACUCUGCGCCUACACCAACUGAUGCUCAGGAAGCACGUAGAUCUAGUUUGGCGAAGCAUUCGGAGCUCGGCCGCGUACUUCCCCGCCGAACUGAAACUGGUCUUCGGCAUCCUUAGGGACAGACUGCGCAGUCGCAAAGAGCUCUUUUACAAUCUUCUGUCGGCGUCAAUCUUCCUACGGUUCCUCUGCCCCGCUAUCCUGUCGCCGUCCUUGUUCAAACUCUGCCAAGAAUAUCCGGGAGAACGCGUUUCCAGGAAUCUGACACUCAUCGCGAAGACGAUCCAGACUCUCGCAAAUUUCGCUCAUUUCGGCGGAAAAGAGCGCUACAUGGAAUUCAUGAACGAUUUCAUCGAGCAGGAAAUGCAGAACAUGCGAGACUUCCUUUCGGAAGUCUCUUCAGGAACGCCGAUGGCUUCAGCUCAAGGACUUCUCUUCAACGAUUCGCUUGUCGACUGUCCCAGGCAUCUGGCUAAAUUGCACGUUCUGCUCAAGGACUCAUUUCCGGCCGUUGCCAAGAGCCAGGCCACCGAAACGAAUGUCGAAAGGCUAUUGCAAGCCCUCAAUAGUGUACAGUUCCCUAAGGUCGAGUCGGUUUCAUAUGCCACACACCCGACGCCGCUCCUCUCCAACGGCUCCACUGAGAACAACAACUGCGGUGGAGUCAGCAGCCGUGACGCUCCAACUUCCUCGUGCGAAGAUGCUGAUCUCGAUGUAAAUUCUACUUCUGCUCAGAACAAAGUCGUGGCCAGCCCGGUUGGCGUGGCCCUAGCCGAACAGGGCGCCGGUGAGGGCCUCGAGGAUCAAGUCUGUCUCCUGAAAGAAAUUCUCGCCGACCUCAACGAGAAACUCACUCAGGCCGAGAUGAAACUUGAGGCUCAGAAACGUCGCGCACAAGAAGGCGAAGAGCGCCUCAGAAGACAGAAGGAGGCGAAGAUCCAAACGCAAUGGAAUCUCGUAAACUUAUAUCUGAAGGAUGCUCAGAGAGCGCUCCACCAAACGAGCUAA